AUGUCGGCCGGGGGAGAACACCUCAAGGAUGAGGGCACCCGCCGACAGGUCGUUCUCGCCGGUGGGAUAGCUGGUCUCGUCUCCCGAUUCUGCGUCGCCCCCCUUGAUGUCGUCAAGAUCCGUCUUCAACUCCAGAUUCACUCCCUGUCGGACCCGUCCUCCCAUCGCAAUGUCAGCGGCCCCAUCUACAAGGGCACCAUCUCAACGAUGCGCGCCAUCAUCAGGGAGGAGGGCAUCACGGGCCUCUGGAAAGGCAACAUCCCGGCAGAACUAAUGUACGUCUGCUACGGCGGCGUCCAAUUCACCACCUACCGAACAACAACCCAAGCCCUCGCCCAACUCCCCCAUCGACUCCCCCAACCCGUCGAAUCCUUCGUCGCCGGCGCAUCCGCCGGCGGCCUCGCCACGGCCGCGACCUACCCGCUCGAUCUGCUGCGCACGCGCUUCGCCGCCCAAGGCACCGAACGCGUCUACACCUCGCUGCUCGCGUCUGUGCGUGAUAUCGCCCGCAUCGAAGGCCCCGCCGGCUUCUUCCGCGGCUGCUCCGCCGCCGUCGGCCAGAUCGUGCCUUACAUGGGGCUCUUCUUCGCCACGUACGAGUCGUUACGCCCGUCCCUGGCCACCGUCCAGGACCUCCCCUUCGGCUCGGGAGAUGCCCUCGCCGGCAUGAUCGCCAGCGUGCUCGCCAAAACCGGCGUGUUCCCGCUAGACUUGGUGCGGAAGCGCUUGCAGGUCCAGGGCCCUACACGCUCGCGCUACAUCCAUCGCAAUAUCCCCGAGUAUCGGGGCGUGUUCAAUACCCUGGCGUUGAUCCUGCGCACCCAGGGCGUACGGGGUCUAUACCGGGGUCUGACUGUGAGCUUGUUCAAGGCGGCCCCGGCAAGCGCGGUGACCAUGUGGACGUACGAGGAGACGCUCCGGGCUCUCCAGGCCAUGGAAGUGGCGGCGCAAAAAGAUGAGUGA